UCGGACUAUUAUUUGUUAUUCGUUUAUAUGUAAUUAUGGCACCAAAUAUUAUUAUUGAUGUGGUACUAACGGUAACAGAUGAGUGGAAAUUUUCGCCCUUGAAGAGGAAGACAAGUGAAGGAAAGUAGCAUUUCCUUAAAUGUAAUUACGCAAAUAUUUACCCAUUAUAAUAUUUUAAAUUGUUAUGCUAUAACGUAAUGUCAAGCCAUCGGCGAAGCAUGACAAUGCAGGUGCAAUGGACUGUUAAUUUCAGGAAGGGAACAGCAACAGCCAACAAACUGCCAACAGUGACCAAAGUCGCUUCAUAUAAGUAAUCGAUAUAUUUAACAAUCUCUUGUGAUGCUAAAAGUACAACUUACAAAUUUUUUCCAUUAAACGUCAAUAUUAAUAUUUACAAAUGAUCCGCUUGAAUGCCUAUCGCCCACUAAGCGUAGGAAAUAUGGUCGUUAUAUAAAUUGCUUUAUUCGGAUCGCUCUAAUUUAGUAUUGCUUUGUUGAACAACUGUCGCGGAUCGUAAAUACACAUACAUAUGUAAGUGCGGUGAAAAUUUCGCGAAUAAAAACUUCCUGCGUAUCCUCCUGACCCGUACGCGAAUUCAUGUGCUAUUGGCGUAAAAUGCGUAAGCCGUUUCUUUUUGUUGCCGUUGUCAUAUUGAUAGUUUUGGUGCAGGUUAUUAUCAGUGCGCCGGUACGAAAAACUAUACGCGUCCAAUUGAAUACUGACUAUAUGCGAGCCAUGGGUGCUUACAAACGACUGGGGUCUCGAUUGCCACGCGAGGAGUUACGUGUAAUUACCGCUAUUGGAGUUUUGAAUGGCGCGCGGUAUGCAGAGCAACUUAUGGAACGUAAUCUAGUGGAUAUUGUGAGAGAGCUAUUGCUUGAAUCAGAUGGGCUUAAUGAUGACGAGCUUGUCUCUAAAGUGCAAAACAUUGAAAGACAAUUAUCACGCGAUCACCGUGCUCUUAUGAUAUUAACAAGUGCCAUGGACUUGGUGACAGGUGCGAAGAAUGUGUACGAUUUCAAAGCGGAUAUGCAGCAAACUUUACAGCAGGUACGAAGACAAUCGUACGGUGGUGCUGAUGAAGAGAUUUCACAGGAGAUAACUGAACAGCCCGUGGAGGGUGGUGAAGAAAAUAAUGUUUCGGAGCGUGUGGCAGCGCUAAGGCGUCAGAUUGAGCAGCAAGUACGCGCAAUGAAAAAUCUGGUAGAAGAGAAAGUUACACAAACGUUAGACUAUUUGAUUUCCAACGCGGACAAAGGUAGCCUUCUCGAACAAGCUAGCAAGAAGGUUGUACGAAAGCGAAAUGCUCCCGAUGCACGAGAGGUGCCGGCAGAGGUUCGCAUGAUAAAUUCCAUACUGGAUGAAGGUAGUUUUCUUCAAUCACAGGAGGACUUUCGUAAAAAUCUGGUUGAUGCGCGUCUUGAAAUGCGUAAUAAUGAGCUUAUCGACGAUUCGGAAGAAGAAUUUGGAAUACCGUUAAAUACAAACAAAUCUAAGAUAGUCAUUGAAAAUCGCAGCAAUAAAAAUAUGAAAAAUACACCUACAACAACUACAACAUAUGCAACGACAACAGCAACAACAACAACAGUACGUACAGCAAGAGCUACUCAAACACAAAGCACGCGAGAAGCAGUCUCUAUACCAACAACAACAACAACAACAACAACCACUUCGAGUCCCAAAACUAUAAACGGUUCAAGUACCGCCUUUAUUGAUGUGAAUGUACCGAAAUUUGCUAAACAAGUAGAAGGAGAAAUUUUAGUACCACUACCACUACCGCCGCCGAUAGCUAACUUUGAGUCAGACGAUGAUUUUCCUGAUGCUGGACCACCACCGCCUGACGCUGGUGGUGGUGGUGGCGGUUUGGUUGGCAUUAUAACGAGUUUGAGUGGAGGCGAGGGUGGCUCGGAUAUCGGUGCAUUGAUAGGAGCCCUAACUGGCGUGAUUUCAACCUUGUUUGGUCCAGGCGGUUUAGAUAUUGAAUCCUUAAUUAGCACUGCAACAUCGUUAAUUUCUGGGCUGUUGGCGGGUAACAAAAAUUUUGGCACAGUGCUGGGCAUCUACAUAGGCACAGCAUUUGAUGGUCUAUCUGGCGGUGGUGGCGCGGUGAAUAAUGGACAAUUUUUUGGAAAUCUACUUGGAACUGUUUACGCCCAACUCAGCGCAGAUCCUGAAGACGAUGAUGCUCGUCCUAACCCCUUGUUGUUUGCGAAAAAUCUUAUUAGCAGUUUUGUAGAAGCAAAAAAUCGCAAAGAGUCCGACGAGGAGGGUGAUGAUGAGCGACGGUCUGAUUCACGUCAUUCACAUGGCAAUAAGGCCAAAGCAGAUGCGGGUGUAGGUGGCUCCGACUCCGGUGGCUUUAUCAAGCAUAUUGCCUCACAUAUUGUCGGCAGUCUGGUCAAUUUAGUUUUGAAUGCUUCGUUGGGAGCAUCAGGCGGUGCAUCACAUGCUUCUGCUUCAUUAUUUGGCAGUUCCAGUCAUAAAGGUGGUGGCAAUGGAGCUGGUGGUGGGGGACAUAAGCAUUAAAAGUACUUAAAUUAUAUAUAAGUUUAUUUUUUAUUAUUUUAUAUUUGAGUUUUGUUUUUUUUUCGGGAAAUAAUCGCAUCGUGGUUGCUGUUGUCGUUGCGUGUGUCGUUUACAUAAAAAAAAAAUGUUCCAAUUUAACAACAAAUCUAAA